AGAACAAACCCACAUCCUAUCCACAAGUAGAAUAAGGCAAAAACAUGGCUUCAGAAAUCUUGCAACCAGGUGUUCGCUUUUACCCCACUGAAGAAGAGCUCGUCUCCUUCUACCUCCACAACAUGCUCCAACACAAUAACAACAACAAAAUACGUCGGGUUAUCCCGCUCCUCGACAUCUACCAGCUCCACCCCUCCCAACUCCCUAAGCACUGUGGAGAGCUGUGCCGGGGGGACACGGAGCAAUGGUUCUUUUUCGUGCCGAGGCAGGCGAGAGAAGUGCGAGGCGGGAGGCCGAGCCGGACGACGGCCUCCGGAUACUGGAAGGCCACUGGCUCGCCGAGCUACGUUUACUCCUCGGAUAAUAAGGUGAUUGGAGUGAAGAAGAGCAUGGUUUUCUACCAAGGGAAAGCUCCCGCCGGAGCAAAAACUAAGUGGAAAAUGAACGAGUAUAGAGCCAUUAAAGAAGAUUUCUGCACUUCUAUCCCCGUGCUGAGGCAUGAGGUGAGCCUGUGCAGAGUAUACGUUGUAUCGGGGAGUUUUAGGGCAUUCGACCGACGCCCUACUCAUGUAGCAGCAAAUUCCAUCUCCAAGGAAGUGAAGAUUGUUCAAGAAAAUGACAAGAUUACUCUUUCAACUAAUGAAAUUGCAGGAAUGUUACAGGAGAGAAGUUGGUACUCAUACUCAGAAGCAAACCACAGUGUGGAAAAUUCAAGCGAGAUGAUCAAUGGAGUGGAACAUUUGAUGGAAUGUGAUGAAGAUGUCUAGUCACAUACAUAAUGACAGCUACACUUCUUGUCUUGAUUGUAAAAUGAUCACAGUGUUAGUACAAGUGUUUGUGAAUCGGGACUAAGUAGUUUUAGUCAGGUUUAGUUGAACCUGAUUCGAGCUGUAAUUUUCGGACAAAGAUGAAAAAGGGGUACUAAUUUUAUCUAGGAAUAGUUAGGUACAAGGUUAAAAGGAUUGACUUAUAAGAAAUGUAAUCAGUUCUUGAGUCAAAAAGCUCAAUUAGACUGGCUUGGUUAUAGCAUUUAUUUUUGGAUUUGGAAA